AAAAACACAACCUCACUCCUUUAUAAUCCAGCCCCUCUUCUCUUUCUCUUCUAAUAUCAUUUGGGUUCUUCUGUCCUCGAUCAUGGAGUUUUUCACCAACCAGUUUGAUAAAAAUGCCGACUCACAGUUACCACCGGGGUUCAGAUUCCAUCCCACAGAUGAAGAACUCAUCACCUGUUACCUUCUCCGGAAAGUUCUUGACGGAAGCUUCACCUGUCGUGCCAUCGCCGAAGUUGAUCUCAACAAAUGCGAACCAUGGGAGCUUCCUCAAAGAGCGAAAAUGGGAGAAAAAGAAUGGUACUUUUUCAGUCUUCGUGAUCGGAAGUACCCAACUGGGCUGAGAACGAACAGAGCAACGGAGGCCGGUUACUGGAAAGCCACCGGGAAAGAUAGGGAGAUCUUCAGUUCGAAAACUUCGUCUUUAGUGGGCAUGAAGAAAACCCUAGUGUUUUAUAGAGGUAGGGCUCCGAAAGGUGAAAAGAGCAACUGGGUGAUGCAUGAAUAUCGUCUUGAAGGCAAAUUUGCGUACCAUUUCCUCUCGAAAAGCUCCAAGGAUGAAUGGGUAAUCUCCCGGGUGUUUCAGAAGAGUGGCACCCCCGCCAAUGUUGGUGGUUCAUGCACCCCCGGUGGGAUGAAGCCUGUAGCUGGCGGGAUGAAUUGCUACCAAGAAUUGAACUCUUCGACGUCGGUUUCUCUUCCGCCGCUUCUAGACUCGUCACCCUACGCUUCCGCCACAUCAGCGUAUACCGCCGACCACGACAGCUACUCGUACGAUAGCAACGCUGCCUCAAAAGAGCACGUACCCUGUUUCUCCACUGCUUCAGCCAGCAAUUAUGACUCUCAGUAUGUUUUUGACCUUCCUCCGCCGCCUCUAUCCACCUCUACCUUCACCGGCCCCGCCAUGGACUACCAGAAAAACGUUGGCGUCUCCUCUUUUCCAAGUUUGAGGGCACUUCAGGAGAAUCUCCAGCUCCCUUUCUUCUACUCCUCUGUAGCUUCACCACAGCCACCAAUGCAUGGCGACGGAACAAUGUGCAGCUAUCCAAAUUCGUCCGGUGGAAAUUGGUUGCCUGCAGUUUCAUCGGCGGCAGAGAUUCAGAAGCCUGGUCCUACAGAACUGGAUUGCAUAUGGAGCUUCUGAUCGAUAAUAAUGGCGACCGGCGGUAACUCGAAGUGUCAUGCAUCAUCUCGUCGGAAAUGUCAGUUCUCGUGGUAACAUGGAUUUUAUCUAUUUUAACUAUAUUUCUUGUACGGUAUUAAGUAUUUGGUGUACGUUGUAUGGGAUUUAAGACUUGUCAUUCUCGGUCCUUUUUCGUGCUUUAUUUAAUGAAAGUAUGAAGUAUCACAUUACUUAA